GUCUAGUUGUAUAACUACAAAAAUAAGCAGUUAUGCAACUGCUUACGCACUUACCCUCUCUUACAAUUUCGUCUAUUAUUUGAAAGUCCCCUAACCUGCAAUUGUUCACGUGUUUACUUUUAUCUACGCUUAGUUAAUAUUUGAUGUUUUUGUACUGCACACUCAAAAAAUGGCCAAGAAGGGAGCAAGGAACAAGAGGAAAUUAGAGGAACAUAUUCCCAAGAAAAUUGAGGAAGAGAUCAACGAAGAAAGCGAUGUGGAAACAGAUGAUCUUUUAAAUGUUAUUAACAAUGAAGAAGAUGCAGAUAGUUCAGAUUCAGACAGGGACAUUGAGGAAAGUGAUGGAGAAGUUGAAGAUGUUUUAGAGAGUGCAACAAAUGGAAAUGAUGAUGACAGCGAUGUUGAGGAAGAAGAAGACGAUGCAGAUGAAGAAGAAGAUGAUGAUGUAAAUGAAGAGGAGGAUGACAUUGAUGAUGAAGAAGAUGAUGUCUCAAGUGUGGAAGAUGAAGAGAAUGAGGGUUGGACUAGUUCAGAGAAUGAGGAGGAAGAAGACAAACCAAAGAAUGGUACAUCUUUGAGUGAAACUAAAUCAAAAACAAAAUCAUCAAAAAAUAAAGCGGAUGGAGGAAGUGUGAGUUCUUUAACUAAAUUAGUUAAAAAUGAUGAUAAUAAGGAAGACGAUGAGUAUAAAAAUGAUUCUUCUGACGAUGAAGAUAUUAGGAACACAGUAGGAAAUAUCCCAAUGAAGUGGUAUGAUGAAUACAAACAUAUUGGUUAUAAUUGGGAUGGUAAGAAAAUAUUGAAGCCUCCACAGGGAGAUCAGCUGGAUGAAUUUUUGAAGAAAAUGGAAGAUCCUGAUUUCUGGAGGACAGUAAAAGAUCCUCAGACUGGUCAAGAUGUUGUGCUGAGUGAACAAGAUAUUGAAUUGAUUCGCCGAAUACAGGCGAGAAGGAAUCCGGACGCGCAAUUCGACGAGUACGCACCUUGGAUAGAAUGGUUCACGUCCGAGGUGAUGCAAAUGCCGGUAAGGAAAUUCCCCGAGCACAAGCGUUCCUUCUUGCCCAGCAAAAGUGAAGCCAAGAAAGUAUCCAAGCUGGUGCAUUCAUUAAAAAUGGGCUGGCUGAAAACGUUAGCGGAAAAGGAAAAGGAGCGCACAAAGAAGGAUGCCAUGAAUUUCUAUAUGCUGUGGGAAUCUGAUGAUCAAGCUGAGCACAUGAGGAGAAUUUAUAAACAUAUUUCAGCGCCGAAAAGAGCUUUACCGGGUCAUGCUGAAUCUUACAAUCCGCCAGCUGAAUAUCUUUUCAACGAGAAGGAGAUGAAGCUAUGGAAGAAAUACGAAGAGACUCCGAGCAAACGCAAGUUGCAUUUCUUACCACAAAAGUACGAUUCUUUGAGGAAAGUCCCAAGUUACUCGAGGUUUAUCAAAGAAAGGUUCUUGCGGUGUCUCGAUUUGUAUCUUUGUCCGCGUGCUAUUAAAAUGCGUCUGACAAUCGAACCGGAGGAUCUUGUACCAAAACUGCCGAGUCCAAAGGAUCUGCAACCGUUCCCAUCUGUGCAGUCCAUCAUAUAUGAAGGCCAUUCUGAUAUGGUUCGUUGCAUUAGUGUAGAUAAAAUUGGACAAUAUAUGGUCUCAGGUUCUGACGAUACGACAAUCAAAAUCUGGGAAAUUAAUACUGGACGUUGCGUCAAAACAAUUCCGGUCGAGGGAAUUGUGAGGAGCGUCGAAUGGUGUCCAAAUACUGCAAUUAACUUAAUCCUUGUCGCUGCUAGCAACCGUGUGAUCCUAAUUAAUCCGAACAUCGGUGACUACGUAGUUUGCGAGAAAACUGAUGAGCUCUUGAAGGAGGCGCCUCUUAGUGACUUAAUUAUAUCCGACAAAGUUAAAACGACGGUUCAGUGGGUGGAUCCGACGGAGGAGGAAUACGCCAAGGGCUUCCGUUUGAUAUUGAAGCACUUCAAGGAAGUGGCGCAAGUUACAUGGCAUGGUAAGGGUGAUUACUUCGCCACCGUUAUGCCGGAAGGCGCGAAUAAGGCGGUUCUGAUAAGUCAGUUGUCCAAGAGGAGAUCGCAAAUACCUUUGGCGAAACCGAAAGGCUUGGUACAAUGCGUAUUAUUCCAUCCAACAAGACCGAUGUUCUUCGUGGCAACCCAAAGGCAUGUCCGUGUAUACGAUUUGCUGAAACAGGCGAUGGUCAAGAAGCUGACGACGGAAUCCAAAUGGGUGUCGAAGAUGGAUAUUCACCCUGGCGGUGAUAAUUUACUGGUAGCCACAUACGAUAGGAAAGUUUUGUGGUUCGAUUUGGAUUUGAGUACGAAACCAUACCAAACGUUGAGACUUCAUCCGACCGCCGUUCGUGCUAUUGCAUACCACAAGCGUUAUCCUCUGUUUGCCACUGGAUCUGAUGAUACUGGUGUCAUCGUGUCCCAUGGCAUGGUUUACAACGAUCUUCUUCAAAACGCCUUGAUCGUACCACUGAAGAGAUUCGAGGAGCAUAAAAGGGUCAAUGACUUCGGCGUCUUUGAUGUCAAAUUCCAUCCGCAUCAACCCUGGGUCUUCUCCUCCGGUGCAGAUUCUACAAUCAGAUUGCAUUGUAAUUAAUAUCUCAAAACCACAAUACAGAAGUAAAAAUAAUUGUUUAUUUUAUUUUUUAAUU